AUGGGGUCCCCUGAGGUGGCCGAUGAGAAGACAACGGUGGUGGUUAAUCUGAUCUGUAACGCAUCUGGUGAUGUUGAAUUUGUCACUUGGACGAAGGAUGGCAAGACCCUGGCUUACAAUGACACCUACAGUCUACAGGAUGGGAACAGGACCCUACAGAUAAAAUACCCCAACAGGACUCAUGCUGGAAACUACACCUGCAACGUGUCCAAUCCGGUCAGCAGUGAUGAUGCAUUAUGGGAACUUAAGGUUUCAUACACCGACGGUCCAGCUGCCCUCAGCGCGGGAGCCAUAGCUGGGAUUGUGAUCGGCUCAGUAGUGGGAGGUUUACUGCUCAUCGCUCUCAUUGUUCUGCUUCUGGUGCUUUGUAUACGAAGGAGAAAAAGUGGAGUCAAGAAGAAAAUUGCAGAGCCUCAACAUAAAGAUGUUCUGCGCACAGUCUCAGGAAAUACACUAUCGCCAGAUGACCCGGCCUUUUUUACCAUGAACAACAUCAUGUAUCGCAAUUCGUCCAUCUCGAUGGGUUCCUACAACAUGUACUACAAAGACAACAUGUCUGAACACGACAGUCCUUCACCCAAACCUCCAUCAACCCCAACAAAAGUAAAGCAUGCUACACAAGUAUAACGGUCUCACCUUACACACAGGAGAACUUCAAGGGCUCAGGACCAAGUAUUACUCCUCAAGACAAGCCAG